AUGGGAGAUCAAGAAUACUGGGAUCAAGAGUUAGAUCCUAAGUCGCUAAAGGUUGCAGAAUUGAGGAAGAUAUUGUUGGAAAACGACAUCAGUUUUGGUGGACACGACAAGAAGGGAGAUUUGGUGAAACUUUUCAAGGCUAAUAUGGAUACUAUACGUGAUAAUGUAAUUAAAGAGAGAGAGGCUUUACCUAGUGGGGAUGGGGUGCUUAGGGUGAAGAAAACGAGGAAGAAGAAGGGGGCAUCGGUUUUCGAUGGGGGCAAGGUCAGCAAUACAGAGGGAGAAGGCAUGGAGGGUUCAGUAGAAGAAGGUCCCAGGCCACGAAAGUCUACGCGUAUAGCUUCUAAUACAUCUGUGGAAGAGAAUUCGGUAUCUGAGAGUGUCAGGAGUGCAGUUGGGUCAAGUCCAUUCAGCGAUGUUAACGAAUUCCAGAAAAACGGCAAUUCCAGGAAGAGAAAGAACUAUGAUCGUGAUGACGAGGAUGAUAUUGAGGAACAGUCUAGUCCUAGAAAGUUUCAGAAGAAGCGGAAUACAAAGGGGCCUCUGAAGAAGGUUAAAAAAGAGGAGUCUGGUGAUUAUAGUGAACGUAGUUCUGUGAGAUCUCCAAUUGCAACUAAACUUCAAAGUAAGCGUACACCUGUUAAGGGUGAACAUAGGUCGCUGGUAAUUCAUAAAUUUGAAACUUCCAGUGAUGAAUCAUUAUCUACUACAUCCACACCUACGCAAAAGAAGGUAUUGGUGUUUGACAAGGAGUCUGAUGGAAAGAUAGAAGCCCAUGAUUUCACUCAACCCAUGAGGAAGCAGUUUGCGCCUGAUCUCUCGAAAUUAAAGGUCAGUCCUGAGUUUCAACUGAAAUUAGCUACUUUACAGAAAAGUAAGAAGGGGGCACCAGAAGAUAGCGAAAAGAUAGCUAGUACGGAUACUGAAGAUGCAUCUACUGAUACAACACCUCCUGCUACAAGAACUAAUCAACACAUUACCCCAAAAGCGUCGAAGAAAGUAUCAGAACAACAAAGCUUGAGAAAGGUGGCGACAAAUCCAACCGUACGGAGAACAAAAACAGCAGCAAACGUAGGCAAGCAGUCUGCUACCACUUCGACACCAAAAAAACAAUUAAAUGGUAAAGAUCACAACGGCAAAGCUGAAAAGCAGACAGCCAAAAAGAAGAAAAAAACAGAAGAGUUAUUGACUUCUUCGGAACAGGGAUCUGAGCAUAAAACACAUGAACCAUGUCAAAAAGUAGAGGAUUUAAUUGAGAAACCAGAUUCGGAUGUUUUAGCAGAUUUCGAGUCUUCUAAAUUAAACAAGUUUAUGUCUUAUAUGGGACACAGUCUAUUAAAGAUUUUUACCUUCCUCUUAAUCGUCAUCCCAAUUCUGUUCGGUUUAUGGUAUAGAGAACAAAGGGUACUGGUUGGAUAUUGCGGCCAUGAAAUUAACUCACCAACGUUCACUAACACAGAACAAUAUCCAUUUUUGGAACAUUUAGAUACUACAUUGCAGAAAUUUAAACCCUCAUGUUUACCGUGCCCAGAAAACGCUAUUUGUUACCCAUAUAUGAAAAUCAAAUGUAAGCCAGAUUAUGCUGUUACGUCUUCCGUUUUUUCCCUAUAUGGCCUCUUUCCUGUGAGUGAAUAUUGUGCGAAGGAUUCCAAGAGAGAGAGGUUGGUUUCAGAGGUAGUUCAUAAGUCCUUGGAACUAUUAAGAACUAAGAAUGCGCGUAUCCAAUGUGGUGAAUGUGAAGAUGACACAAUGAGUGGAAUUUCUGAGGAUGAAUUGUAUCAGAUUUUUUUUGAAUCUAAAGCGCCAUGGAUAAAUGAAGAGGAAUUCAAGGACAUAUGGACACAGGUUGUUAAAGACUUAAGAGCUGAAUCGGAUAUCGUUUGCAGGCAAGUGAGUAUUAAUCAAUCUAUAUUUUUCCCAAAUUCAAUGGAGCGUAUUAUGCUAACACAUUUUCUACAGGUCCCAGGUCGAAAAGCUCUCAUUCAAAUCUACUCCGACAACAUAUUUGAAGCCAAUGACAUUCAAGAACAGGAGAGACAUUUUCAGUUUACAGAGCAAAAAGAAUAUUUUCGCUCGGUAUCCAAAAAGUACAUUGGCAUUAGGUGCCAAUUUGAAAGACAAGUAUAUAGAACUUACCAACGGUUUACGCUAAUAUUCUGGAGUGUCAUAAUUAUGAUGAUCCUAUUGCAGUUACUCAAGAUAAAGUUACAACGCCGUUUCAAAGAACAAGAACUGGUUGAACAGUUAAAAUCUCAAGUUAUUGAAAAAUUGAAGUGUGUAGCGCAAACCAAAAGUUCAGACGAACCCAAAUUUUUGAGCACUGUUCAAUUGAGAGAUGUUUUGUUGGUAGAUGUAGUAGACUUGAAAUACAAGAACCAAUUAUGGAAUAAGGUUGUCCAUAUUCUAGAAAGUAGCAAUACUAACGUCAAAUCCAUGCUAAUGGAAGUCCAUGGUGAAAUAAUGAAGUGUUGGGAAUGGGUUGGACCAUUCGAAUAA